AUGGCAUCGUCGUCGUCUCCUGUGCAAGUGCUCUAUGAGUCCGGCAAAUCAGAUUCCGAUAAGAAACGGUGCAGGAGUCGAGAAAAUUCGGAUGAUGAGAUUAUUGUUUCACCAGAGCAAGAGGAAAAUCAAGAGAGACCGGUGAAAAGACGAAGUGAUUCCCCACUUGAGCUGUCGGUAGAAGAAAGCUUGCUCGGUCCAACAGAGAGGGAGGCGGAGCCGAAUAGUAUCAAGGAGAAGCUCCAACAGGAGAGAAAAACAUUACGAAUCUACGGGUAUCGUGAUGUAUUGCUGGAAGCUGUGGAAAGCAGGCAGGUUGUCAUUGUCGUUGGCGAUACUGGUUGUGGAAAAACCACACAGAUACCCCAAUAUCUUUACGAGGCUGGAUAUGGUAAAAAAGGAAGGAUUGGGUGCACACAACCACAUGGAUUUACUGCCAGGAGUGCUGCUGCUAGAGUUUCUCAAGAAAUGGGUGUCAAGCUAGGGCAUGAUGUGGUGGGUUAUUCCAUACCUUUUGAAGAUUGCACAUCUGAAAAGACUGUUUUGAGAUACAUGACUGAUGGAACGUUGUUGCAUCAACUCUAUGGAGAACCAGAGUUGAUAAGCUAUAGUGUGUUGAUGGUGGACGAGGCCCAUGAGAGAACUCUCUCAACUGAUAUACUAGUUGGAUUAUUGAAGGAUAUUUUGCCAUCUAGAACCAACCUUAAACUGCUCAUCUCAACAGCAACUCUUGAUUGUGCUGAAAAGUUUUCUGAACUUUUUGAUUCAGCUCUAGUUCUCGACAUUCGAAUUCUGAGCCAUUAUCCUCCUCAUCACCAGGACGACCACGUGCUCUACUUGGAAGCAACAGAAGCUAAUAAUUACUUGGAAGCUAAUUACUUGGAUAUAGCUAUUCGUACAGCACUUGAAAUUCAUGAGAAUGAACCAAGUGGAGAUAUAUUGGUGUUUCUCACUGAUCGAGAAGAGAUAGAAGUAGCAGCACAACAAUUGCAUCAGCCUCAUCAGCUCUCUAUUUGCCCCUUCUAUGAAAACAUGCCUGCCGAGCUUGAAGCACAAUUUUUUGAGACCACACCUAAAGGGGUCAGGAAGGUUGUCCUUGCCACAAGCAUAGCUGAAACAUUUUGGCCGACUAAAGUUGGGGUCAAUUAUGUGGUUGACUCGGGGUUUUGCAAGAAUAAGUCUUAUGAUUCAAGCAGUGAGAUGGAGUCAUUAAAGUUAACUCGCAUUUCAGAAGCAUCAGCCAUGCUAAGGGGAAGUCAAGCACUCUUGGGCAAGUGCUUCCGAUUAUAUAAACACAAUGAUCACGGAAAUCCAAAACCAGAAGUACAACGUAGCAACCUCGCUAAUGUUGUUCUUACUCUUCGGCAUCUAGGGGUUAAUGACUCGACACGUUUUCAUUUCUUGGAUCCUCCACCUACUGAAGCGCUAAGAAAAGCCUCACAAUUAUUAUUUGUACUUGGUGCAUUAAAUAAUGUAGGUGAGCUAACUGAGGUUGGUGAACGGAUGGCGGAGUUCCCUGUGGAUGCAAUGCUGUCUAAGGCGAUAGUUGCUUCAGAUCAGUACAAGUGCUCAAAUGAGGUAAUUUCUAUUGUUGCCAUGCUUUCCGCCGGUGAUCAUGAUUCAGUCUUUCAUCGUCCGGAGGACGAACAAGCCGAUGCUGACAAUGCUCGAAUGCAUUUUCACUCUGGGAAUGUGGGAGAUCACAUUGCAUUACUCAAGGUUUAUAAUGAAUGGAAAGACGCAAAUUACUCAGCCCAGUGGUGCCAUGAAAACUACAUACAAGUUAGGACCAUGAAAAGAGCAAGAGAUAUACGGGACCAACUUGAGCGGCUCUUGGAGAAGGUCGGGAUUGAGCUCUCCUCAAAUCCCUUUGAUAUAGAGCCUAUAAAGAAAGCAAUUACAUCUGGUUUCUUCGCUCAUUCUGCAAAGCUGCAGCAGAAUUCGUAUAUACCAGUCAAACUGCCGCCAAAGAAUAAUCUCCAUAUACACUACAGAUCAGGGCUGGCACAAAUGCUUCCGCGGCCGGGAUGCGUUUUAUACCAUGAGCUGGACCUCGAAACCAAUCAAUACAUGAGACAGGUAACGGAGAUAAAUUCAGAGUGGUUGCAGGAAGUAGCUCCACACUAUUAAUUACGAGCUAUAGGAUA